AUGGUGUUGGAACAUCGUCGUACGAUCAUCUGUAGAAGCGGCAGUGGCAACAACCAACAGUUGAAGUCCAAGGUAACCGAGCACUGCACGGAAUCUAUCACUCGUUCCAAGCGCGUGCACCACAGACGACGUAUGCUAGCAAGACAGAACCAGUACGAUUUCACCCAGAAGGACGAUGCCAUCGUUCAGACGGACUUAAUCGAGAUUUCCCUGACUGGUGGUCCCAUACCACCGCAGCAAGACGACAGCGCUUUCUCGAACGACUCGGAUCUUGUUGAGCGGCUGAUUGAAAGCGCCAAAAGUGGGGAUCUUCGAGCAUUUCAACGAGCUUGUACUCGAGCGACACAAUGCCACGUGCGUCUCGAUACCCCAGGAUAUAUGGGCUGGACAGCGGCACAUUGGGCUGCUCGAGAGGGCCACGUUCACUUGUUAGAGCACCUGACAAUUUGCCAUGCCAAUCUGGACGCAGUCGAUCUAAAAGGUGACACCCUCCUGCACAAGGCCGCCGCAAAUGGUCAACCUGCCUCAUGCGAAUGGCUACUCGAGCGUGGCUUUAGCGUCACGAUGCGAAACAACAACAAUCUCACACCACUUGAUCUCGCUCAAGAACACAACGUACUCUCCAGACGCAGUACUGCUGCCGUACUUUGCGAGCGGCUUCUCUCAAAUAAUGCAACCAACAUGAACAAAACGAAUGCUAUACACUAA